CCGGCGAUGAAGAGUUGUUUGGUUACUGUGAGUGAUAACGACGGUGAUGGUUUUUGUAAAAGACGACUGAAAUUGGAAAAAGGGUUUUAUGACUUUGGGCCCAUUAGUGGCCCAUUAAGACUUGGUGAUAAUAGUCUUCUGUUUUUCUCUCCCGUUUGGUUGUUUUUGCUUUUAGGGUUUAUGGUAAUGGAGAAAAAGCUUCCCCAACCAAUAUGCGGUCAAGAAGCUGUGAAUCUUCUCAAUUGCGUGUCAGAAUCAAAAUUCGAUCAAGAGAAAUGUGUACUUCUACUGCAAUCUCUCAGAGAAUGUGUUCUCUCAAAGAAAGUUACAAAGUUUUCGAUACCAAGCGAAGACCAUAACCAAGAUGGAGCAGCUUCAUUGAGCAAGAGACCUUGAUAACGUUAUUAUGCUUAUUCAAUCCUAAACUAUGUACCACAACUUUAACAUUUCAAGAUUACUUUUGUCAACAACAAACAAUGCAUUUCAACUCGUUAGCAA